AUGGCAGCCGACACGACCACAACGCUCAACAAGGAGGGGGAUGGACAGCUCUCCUCUGACUCCAAGGGGGACGUGCGCACUGCCGAGGUCGAGGAGAUUGACCCGGUCGCACUCAAGCGCAUGGUGCGCAAGAUCGACUUCCGCGUUCUACCUGUCCUCUCGGCCGUCUACCUCUUCAAUGCCCUCGACAAGGGAAACCUGGGCAAUGCGCAGACCGACGGGAUGGACAAGGACAUCGGCCUGGUGGGCAACCAAUACUACCUCGUUAUCACGCUCUUCUACGUCCCCCUUUGUUUAUUCGGCACGCCGCUUUCCAUGUUGGCCAAGAGAUACUCUGCGGCCCGUGUCAUCCCCCUGAUGAUGCUUGGUUUUGGUACCUGCUCGAUUGUCAGCGCCGCAGUGACCAACUUUGCUGGCUUGCUCACUGUACGGCUCCUCCUAGGCUUCUUCGAGAGCCCCAUGCUUCCAAGCAUCGUCUUCUAUCUCUCGCAGUUCUACACUCGUGGCGAGCUCGCCCGCAGAGUCGGCGCGUACUAUGCGGCGGCCGCCAUUUCGGGGGCCUUCUCGGGUCUUCUUGCCUACGGUGUGUUCCAGAUCAACGACAAGAGGCUGCAUGGAUGGCAGUACCUUUUCUUGGUCGAGGGGGCGGGCACCAUCUUGUUUGCGGCGUUUGCCUUCUGGUACCUCCCCCGUUCCCCUGCCACCUGCCACUUCUUUACGGAAGAGGAGAAGGCCAUGUCUCGCACCCGCAUGCUGCAGGACGGGACUGACGAAAUCGGGGUCCAUGUCGACUGGCGCGACGCCUUCUCGCCCUUCGUCCGGGACUGGCGGUACAUUGUCUGGGCUUGCCUGGCGCUUGGCCUUGGCGUGCCGCUGGCCAGUGUGGGCAACUUCCUUCCCCAGAUCGUCAAGCGUCUCGGCUACAGCACCAUCAAGACCAACCUGUAUACCGUGGCGCCAAACGUGGUUGGAACCGUCUUCCUUAUUCUGUUCACGCAGAGCUCGGACUACUUCCGCGAGCGGUCGUUCCACGUCGUGAUCCCGCUCGUCGUCACAAUGGUCGGGUUCCUCAUCCUCGGCACCAUCGAUGUGGUACACAACACCGGCGUGGCGUACUUUGCCUGCUUCUUGCUUACCAUCGGAUCCAACACGCCCAGCGUCCUGCUCUCGACGUGGUAUUCCAACAACUCUGUCUCCGAAGGCCGGCGCGUGGUGCUCACAGGCGUCAUGGUUGGUAUCGCCAACUCGUCGGGCUUAAUCUCGGGCAACAUCUUCAGGGCUAAAGAUGCGCCAGCGUACAUCCCUGCGUUGGCGACCAGCGCCGCGUUUGGCGGGUUUACGGCGGUCACUGCCGCCUCCUUUGGCAUCUACAUGCGCUGGGACAACCGCCGCCGAAACCGCGAGCAGGGCAUGCCGAAGAACUGGGGCAGUCUCGACGUCCCGACUGAGAUCCUGGGCCGUGGGCCAUCCGAGCCGGCGUUCCGCUGGGUUUACUGA